GCAUCCCCAGUUAGCAUAGGUCUCACCGUUAAGCUAAACUUCCUUACUAUUUUUUGCUGUUUUAGGCUUACAAACUGCAAGCCGUAGGUGAUUCGAGUUUUGGGGAGUCUUCCCCGCAAAUCAUGUCAACGCCUGUGGGUCUGGUACCCCCCCCUUUCCCUCCUCUGCAAGACAUGGCUUUCUUGGCGCUUCUACAGCGUUGCCACGCUUUGCUGUGCUUCAUUCAUGCGACUACGUGGUGAGGAGUUUUUAUCAUUUCCGGACUGUCCAGUCUACUUCAUCCAGACUUUCCCGUUGUUGCUGUCCAGGGAGUACCACGGCCAGGUGUCUCCCUGGCACAGCCACUGUGCCCGCCUUGGUGAUUUCUUUUCUCGUUGUUGUACCUUGUGAUACCCCACUACCAAAACGCAUCUACUUCCACGAAGACUGACAAAUUUUGCCAUGUCUCACAACAAGAUGUUGGCAGCGAGGCCAGUGCCGAACUCCCUCAAGCCUCAAGAUGCAACGGCUGUAGAUCCUUCUCUUUUGUAUGACUCUCCCUCUAACGUUCGCAACAAAUCACGACAGUCUGACGAGGUUUGUGGAGAUGAAAUCGAACGACUCUCCACCCAGACAUCCUCUGCCUCCCGGAGUCGAUUCAAUCAGGAGUUUCCAUUGUUACGAGGCACUCCAGGAAAAAACGGAGAGCACUCUCCCCGGUCUCUAUCAGCAGAUCGGCAUGCACUUGGGGCGGCCAGCAUGACAAACAGGAAGCCGCGGGUCGCUUUCGAAACGAACGGGCGCAGACAGAGGUUCCUGAACAUUUUUGAAGAGGAGGGUAGUACGGAAACGAGCUCCGUGGAGCAAGGGGAACGUCUGGCGCCUGCUGCCGCUGGACCGAACAUGGCUGCUGACUUACCGCCAGGGGAAGCCAGGGAACGUCGAGCUUGUCGAAGAGGCAGUCACGAUUCCUUUCAGUGUGUCCCUUCCAAGCAAGCGAAGAUGUAUCUUACCAAGGCAAAAGGCGGUCAACGAGGCUUGCCUAUUUACUACUCCGAAAGCGCAGCCACGAUCGAAAUGCCGUCGACCAGUGUUGACCGCGCGAGGAAACGGUUCCCAGAUCUUCACUCUCCAUCACAGAUUCCCGCUGAAGAGAGCUCGGAAAGUGAAGAGGAGGAUAAUCGGCUUCACUGGAAAGGGUGGCGCAAGUUGCUGGCGGAGAGACAACGCGAUCUUGAACGCCACAUGAAGGAGCAACAAAGAGAGAUAUCGAAGCAGGAAGAACGCAACGUUGGUGAUGCGCAGCAGGUGACGGGUCGCAGGCGAAAGGCGAUGAAGGACUGUUCCGUUGACCCCAGUGAGGUGGCAGACGCAGAUGAACACGACGAAGACUCAGUGGGGAUGAGAGCGCGACCAGCAUUGUCGAAACAGGGGCGUUCUUCCUUACCUCCCGCCGGACUUACUCAACCAGAUACCCCUUGCCCUCCACAGAUGCAGCAAUUCAUGGGUGCACUGCGGAUGCCACCUGCCAUGGGGCCACCGGGGGCCGUGUCUCCCAACGGCCCUGCGGCUCCAGGCUUCUAUGGUGCUCCGUUUGUCUCCCCCCCUCCCUUUUAUCCGGGGUGGCCUCCUCCUUAUUAUGCUGCGGCAAUGGCGGCUGCCGCUGCAGCGAGGAAAGCAGGGGAAAAGGCAGGGAUGACAGGUCAAGAGAUGAUACAUGGUUUGAAGAAGACAUUGGAGGAGACGCGAGAAGAGAUGAGGAAGAAUGAAGAGGAGGCAAAAAAACUUUUAGAAGAGGAGAAGGAACAACAUAAAAAUGAGAAGGCGGCGCUCGAGAAAGAGCUCACCGAGAUGCGCGAAGCGAGUGAACAGCGUGCGCGAGAACUAGUAGGAGCAGAACUCAAGCAGAGCGAGCUUGAGAAGCAAAUCAAGAUGCUCCGCGAGGAAUUUGACAUCUUGACACGCGUCCACAACGAGCUGAAGGAGCAGUUUGCACACGAAAAGGAAGGCCUCGUGACUGAAAACAAAAAUCUGGCGACGAAGGUCGAGGACCUAGAGAACGACCUCAGCUUCUCAAAAGACCAGCUGCUAGUAGCGCGCGAAAGUCUUAUCGCGGCAAGGGCCAAGCAACAAACUGCAACUCAGGCCCAUGAACAGGAUUUGAAGACUCUUCAGGAAUACCGUCGUGAAAAUGAAACGCUCAAAGAGGAUGUAAAAUACUUGAAGACCCUAAACACCUCUCUCAACGAGAAGGUGCAGCGCCUUAUUAGUGGCCAGGGUGUCGGAAAUGAGGACGAUCGGCUAUAUGGGCAGUCUGAAGCCGCAGGGCAAGGGGAAGCGCCGAGGCUGAGACAGCCUUGUCCAACCAGUUCGUUUUCUCCUGAUGCAGCUGCUCUCCAGCACCUCUUCAGUCCACAGGUCCAGCAGCGUCUGCUGAAGGAACGUCAAAAGGAAAGCCUUGGAGCUAUGGGGGCAAACACGGGUGUGAAAGAUGCCACUUUUCCGCUUCCUGCUACUCUCCAAGGGGCUGCUUCCAUGACUUCGGUGGUCCCCGCAGAGAGGCACGGCAUUCCAGAGGCAUCUUCACUGCCCUCACAGAGCCCGCGAGAGAUUUUCCCUUCGACCGAAAAUCGGGGCGCGCCGAGAGCUCACAGGCUAUCUUCAGUAGAGAUGCGUUUUCUCUCUCACCUGCACCAACGAGGACAGACGAAUCAACUCGAUCAGCAGGACCCUUUCAGGGCACGGCUGGUGUCAUUUGCACAAACGGCCCUGCAGAGGCGGAAUUCUCAGGCAGAGGAAAGUGGUACAAAGCUACACGCAAACGAAUCCCCUCGUACGAUGAUGAGGCGAGAAUCCUACUUGCGGCCUCCCUCACCCAACAAGCAGGGAGCUCGUACCAGUGGUAUGCCUACUUACCAGGGAAGUGUUCCUCAUCCAACAGGAACUCGACCUCAACUUUUCCCCUCCUUACCUUUUGCUGAAAAAGUGCCGACGGACUGUGCAUCUGGAACUGAUUGCCCACGGCAGGUGAUAAAAGAUCCCUUUUCUUUUAUGCCGUUACCUUCAUCGAACCGUGUUUUCUCUACAAUGAGCACGGGAAGCGAAAGCGCGUUUCCAAAUCUUCCUUCACCAAGACCAUAUAUCUGCAGAGCUGGUGUCAGUUCUCCAAGAGAGGUGAAACCAGUAUCCGCAAGACUUCAUGGGAAAAGCCCCGGAGUUUGUCCUUCAACGCCAGGUACAACUUCUUUCCCAGGAUCCGGUGGUACGAGUACUCUCAACAGCGCCAGGACACAGUGGCUUCUCCAACGAGUAUCACGCAUUUCGAGGCUUCACGGCCUACAAAAUAUACAAGAGAAGCUAAAAGAUUUUCCACCAGCAUUACUGGCUGCUGCCAAUGCGCCCUCGAUGACGUUAGGGGCUAACGAAAAUGUUGAGAAAAAUGGAGGGAAAGAGGAAACGAGCUCUACCUGUGACGAUCGCAAAGGGAAAACAGGAAUUUCUGAAUCCAAUGAUACAUGCAUACGAACCCAAGUCUAAGUUUCCGUGACCUCGUUCGUAAAGACGCAAACUGCUAACACGCUAACGUGCAGCUACGUUCUACGGAGCAGCAGAUUGCUUCCGUCGCAAGGUGAUUUUAACUGUUCUUGAGCCGCUUCGGGGUUCCGAACAGCAUGCAGGUAUCGAAAGAGCUCACUGCAGCACUGUGUAAAUAUGUGUGUGGCAAGCUGGAGUAUACAUCAACGGUAGUUUCUCUGUUCGCAUAUGUAAGACCGCAAAUUACGUUUGCCACAUUUUGUGUUCCUCAACCAGAUUCCUGCUCAAACUAGUAACCCUUGUCAUGAACAGCAGUUUGCAUUAAUGUGCUCCACAGUGUCCGUGAGCAUUCCAGGGAGUUUCAAGUUUUGGGAUUUGAGAACAAUUCAUCGAACGCGUCUUUGGUUAUUUGCCGUGCGGUAUGGAAACUGAGCGCAGGACGACCGUCCCUCAAUACUAUACCAGUUUAGAUC